AUGGCGCUCCGCCCUAUCUUUACUGCCACGCACCCACGUGCAUGCUCUACGGCCUUUGAGCGGGUCUUCAUGGCCCGCCGCGAUAUCCUAGAGAGUGUUCACGAACCUUUUGGAGAUGCCUUCUACUAUGGUCCUGAGAUCCUCAGUGAUCGUUUCAGAAACGACACUGCCACUCGCGAGCAGAGUGGUUUCUCGCAAAAGACCUACAAAGACGUCCUCAACGAGGUCAUGGAUGCGGGUAAAGAU